AUGUCCCACAGGUUGCUCACCGCCAUUACAAGGUCAAUUGCUAGGCCAUCUCGUCGUAUUGUAGUGGGCGCCAUACGCUCUUCGUCGACCUGCAACGAUCCCAAGCAUUCUAAACAACCACACUUUCCCUGUGUAGACGCACACGCAGCAAGAGAGUCGAGGCUCGCAGCCUCCAUCUCAUCUUCAUCACCAGAUCAAUCCCAGUCAGGACCAGAGCCCCCAUACGCUCGACCCAAUCCUGCUUCAUACCACACUUACCACCACCCAUCUCCCUUACCCCUAGCAUAUUAUCCAACUCCUCUGCCUUCCUUCAAUAUUGCAUACGAAUCAUGGGGGACUCUAUCGCCAUCGAAAGACAAUGUCAUUCUUUUACAUACAGGCCUUUCAGCAUCCUCUCAUGCUGCCUCUACGCCUCUUAAUCCCGCUGACGGUUGGUGGGAGAAGUUUAUUGGUCCUGGAAAGGCACUUGAUACGAACCAGUUCUUUAUCAUCUGUACCAAUGUCCUGGGAGGCUGCUACGGUUCGACAGGGCCUUCGUCCAUCGAGCCUGCCACAGGAAAGCCUUGGGCUACGCGCUUUCCAAUCUUAUCAAUCUUUGACAUGAUCAACGCUCAAUUCUGUUUACUGGAUCACCUCGGUAUCAAAAAACUAUACGCUAGUGUAGGCUGUUCCAUGGGGGCAAUGCAAAGUCUUGCUGCGGGCUGGUUACAUCCUGAACGCGUGGGGAAGAUAGUGAGCAUCAGCGGAACCGCCCGUAGCAGUCCUUCUGCUGUAGCCAUGCGAUUUGCCCAGCGAAGCGUUCUUAUGGCAGAUCCAAACUGGAAUCAUGGUUUCUACUAUGACGGACUACCCCCUCAUACUGGCAUGAAACUGGCUAGACAAAUCGCAACAAUUACAUAUCGGUCUGGCCCAGAGUGGGACCAACGUUUUAGUCGGAAACUCCGACCUUUGCCUGAAACUGACCUCCCUGCCCCUGGCUUUCCUCGCACGCCUGCGCUUUGCCCAGACUUUCUUAUCGAAACUUAUCUCGACCAUCAGGGCGAACAAUUUUGUCUGAAAUACGAUGCUAAUUCCCUGAUCUACAUAUCCAAAGCGAUGGACUUGUUCGACAUGACACUCCCUACACUCAAAUCUCUGAACCUCAAAACUUCAUCCCCUUCUUCCACGCAAAAUGGUGUUAACCCAGACGCGCAGCAACACAAAACAUCGCACUCCAAAUCCCAUCCUCCACCGGUCAAUCCCCCCCCUCACCUUUCUGACCUCGCAGCAGGCAUGGCUCCUCUGGCACAUAUACCCACCCUGGUACUCGGUGUGCAAAGCGAUAUUCUUUUCACGGUGGAACAGCAGCGUGAGUUGGCUGACGCGUUGCGGAUGUCGGGCAACGAAAAUGUGAGCUACUAUGAGCUCGGAGGUGUGUGGGGGCACGACACGUUCUUAAUUGAUGUCUUGAAUGUCGGCGGUGCGAUACGCGGGUUCUUGUCAUGAUUUCUUCAGUUUCAUGGAUUGUGUAAUACGGAAAAAAGACGGUCAAGUCUUGACCUCAGCUCUGUUUUCGGUCUCAUCAUACCACUGAGACCCACACUGCGAAAUAUGGUCCCCUGCACAGUCCAUACCGCAGCCGUGAUCUUUAAACCUUUGCUAAAGUCGGUUGGAGUUCACCUGGCCAGCUCCUGCUCUCACAAAACACACUGUUUAUGAGACUACGCAGUAGUUCGACAUGGCACUGAGAGCGUAUGAGGGUGAAUUGGAAGAUGGACUCGGUGAAUACAUAAACAGAGGUGAACAGACAAUUAUGGGAGACUUUCCAUCCAUCCAAAAAAGCAGAGGUGUUGAAGGCAAAGUCGGGAAGUCGAAUGGCACAAAGAUGAGAUACGACAAUUGAGGCGUAAUCAAUUAAUAGCCCCAUGAGUUCGUGAAACUAGAUGUUGGUAGACAGAGAGUCUGAGACUUGAAACCAUCAAUUGGAGCAC